AUGGGCAACGACGGCGGCUCCAUCCCCAAGCGCCGCGAGCUCGUCAAGAAUUCCGCACGCGCCAAGACCACCACGGAGCUGAGGGAGACCCUGCUGGAAUCCCUGACCCACCUCUGGACCUUCUGCCCGCUGUCGUCCCUGCCCCUCGACCACACCAACACCGUCUCGGACGCCCGCGGCCGCCUCUACAACUACGAGUCCGUGCUCCAGUGCCUGCUGCCCGGCGCCGACGACGACGGCGGCGCUAGCGGCGUGCCCGAGGCAGAGGCCGAGGCCUUCAGGGAGAGCGGGAUCAAGGGCCUGAAAGAUGUGGUCAAGGUCAGGUUCGCCAUCCGGAAAGACGACAAGGGCCGCGAGUUCAGGGCCUGUCCCGUCAGUCUGAAGGAGCUGGGCGCCGCGACCAGGGCCGUCUACCUGGUGCCCUGUGGGCAUGUCUUUGCCGAGGCGGCCAUGAAGGAGAUCUCGGAAUCCGAGAGCAAGGAGGGGGAUGAGAGGCAUUGCCCAGAGUGCAGCGAGGCGUUCGAGGAGGGCAACGUGAUACCCAUCCUGCCGACGUCGGAGGAGGAGAUCAAGAGGCUGAGGGACAGGUCAGAAGAUCUGAAGGCGAGAGGCUUGUCGCAUAGCCUCAAGAAGGAUAAGAGCAAGGAUAAGAAGAAGCGCAAGGCCGACGAGGCGGCGAACGGCGAUUCUGGGCACGGCGUCAACGGAAAGGGCAAGAAGGAGAAGAAGGACAAGGAUGCCAACGGUAUCGAGAGCCGGAUCAACAACCCCAUGACCGCAUCUUUGACAGCCAAAGUGCUCGCCGAGCAGGAGCAGAAUAACAAGCGCCGGAAGAUGGCAGAAGGAUUAAGAAGAGAAGCAGUGCGAUGA